AUGGGGACCACGAGCAUUGUACCGCAGGAGGUCCAUCACCUCCGACAAAAACUCCUGAGGGCAUGCGUGAUCGAUACUCAGCCUGCCGCCACCGCAGACUUCAACUGGAGAGAGCUGUUUGGCAAAGAACCACUGUUAGUUCAGCAAUGUCAAAAACAAGACUCUCCCUGCUCGAUGAGCGGUGAUCAGACCUGCAAGUCAUCCGGAGAUCCCUCCAUCGUCCUCAAGUGUCGACAUCUCCCUUGCAACCCUUUAACCAGCACUCCGCGGACAAACUCUCAGCACCUCAGUGGAUCAAGACUCUCCCUCCCUAAACACACUCCUCCACCUACCUCCAACUUAGCAACUGGUGACAUAGUCAACGGGGAUGCGGUGCGACCGCUAAGCAGCCAUGGCACUUUAAGAUCCAGUCUUGCAGAUCUCCACUCAGGUCAGCAGCCUAUUCAGCUUCUUCACAGUGCCAUCCUAGAGGACGCCUUCUCCAAAGUCAUCAGAGAAGAUUCCAGUAAGGCCAACAGUGAGAACCUGAGCAGGGAGGAAGGCAGCGUACCACAGAAGAAGACCAAGGACAUCAGCUACCGACUGGGUCAGAGAAAAGCUCUCUUUGGGAAGCGCAAACAGUUGAGCGACUACGCCUUGGUCUGUGGGAUGUUUGGCAUUAUCGUCAUGGUGAUCGAGACUGAGCUGUCCAGGGGAUUUUACAGCAAGGAAUCCAUAUGUUCAUAUGUACUGAAAGGCCUGAUCAGCCUCUCCACUGCUAUUCUUCUUGGACUCAUUGUGAUGUACCAUGCAAGGGAAAUCCAGCUCUUCAUGGUGGACAACGGAGCAGACGAUUGGAGGAUAGCGAUGACCUUGGAGCGGAUUCUCUUUGUUGCGUUCGAGCUCCUCAUCUGUGCCAUCCAUCCAAUCCCGGGCCAGUAUGUGUUCACCUGGACUGCUCGACUGGCCUUCAGCUACACAGCACCAGUGGCGGAUGCUGACAUUGACAUCAUCCUCUCUGUGCCAAUGUUCCUGCGCCUCUACCUCAUUGGCCGGGUCAUGCUGCUUCACAGCAAACUGUUCACAGACGCGUCUUCCCGCAGUAUCGGGGCGCUCAACAAGAUCAGCUUUGACACUCGUUUUGUCAUGAAGACUCUGAUGACCAUCUGUCCUGGCACAGUCCUGCUGGUCUUCAGUGUGUCCUGCUGGAUCAUCGCAGCAUGGACCGUGCGUGUUUGUGAGAGGUAUCACGAUGCACAGGAGGUGACCAGUACCUUCCUCGGAGCAAUGUGGCUAAUCUCCAUUACCUUCCUUUCCAUCGGCUACGGUGAUAUGGUCCCUCACACCUACUGCGGGAAGGGGGUUUGCCUGCUGACAGGAAUCAUGGGAGCAGGCUGUACAGCAUUAGUGGUUGCCGUUGUUGCAAGGAAGUCAGAACUCACCAGAGCAGAAAAGCACGUCCAUAACUUCAUGAUGGACACGCAACUCUACAAAAAGGUAAAAAACACAGCAGCCAAUGUGUUAAGGGAGACGUGGCUCAUCUACAAAAACACCAAGCUGGUCAAGAAGAUUGACCAUGCCAGAGUACGCCACCAUCAGCGUAAAUUUCUGCAAGCCAUCCACCAACUGCGAAGAGUCAAAAUGGAGCAAAGGAAACUAACUGAUCAGGCCAAUACAGUUGCUGACCUUGCCAAGACUCAAAACAUGAUGUAUGAUCUGGUGUUGGAGCUGCAACAUCGAAGUGAGGAGUUGGACCGCAGGAUUGUAGCUCUGGAAGAGAAACUGGACUCCAUCCUUCUCAGUGUGCAGUCGCUGCCCGUUGUGCUUUCUCAAGCAAUAACAAAGCUACAGAAGGAUUUCCUGGACGACUUGGCCUGUCGUGUCCACUUCCUGUCAUCCUCACUGAGCUCCGAGUGUUGUUCAGUCCCUGCCAGGCAGCUCUGUCAAGGACCCACCACACCAGAGACACCAUACAGCUCAUAG